AUGUCGAUUAUGCCCGUUUACUUGGGUCUCAAUGGAAUGAGUAUAGCAGUGACUGAAUUUUAUUAUACACAUUUAUCACAAUCAAACAUCUGUAAUCGUCUUAUUUCAUUAUGUGUCUCAGAUACAUUAGCUAUUAAUAAUGGCUUAUGGCUGGCAUCACAUCUAUCUGCAUUUAUUAACCUACGUCAUUUAUCUUUAAUCGACAUUAAACGUUCUUCUUUUGAAUUGAUUCUCGACUCAUUGUCACCCAUUAAUUCUCUCAUCAUGUUUAGCGUACGUUUUUCAACUUAUUGUCGUUCUGUUUAUACGUUUAUAGGUGUGCCUGAAGGUGCAUAUUAUGAACGAAUUUUUCACUUAUUUCCUUCAUUACGUAUAUGUCAAUUGUUUUUUUGGCGAUACAUACAAUCUACUCUAGACAGUCAAUUCGUUCUACCACCUGAUAGAGCUUUUGUGCCUAUUCAAACCAGUCUUUUAAACUUACAAUCACUUGUACUUCGGGAUUGCUCACCAAGCUUUCUAUCAUAUUUAUUUGAACAUCUUCCACAGUUGGAACAACUCAGCUAUGCACGAAGUGCUCCUUGGCUACCUCAAGAACAUCCACUAAGAUAUGGUGAUAACAAUCGAGUUACUCCCAUUAAUAGACGUCUUGCUCCAAAUCUAUGCCGUCUUAACAUAAGUUGGAAUGAAUGUAUAGUUACUGUGAAAUCAAUUAAUCAGUUAUUUGAGCGUGAUGUUUUAUUUUCAUUGAUCAAGUUCACAUUAUCGGCGAAGAUGGCUGGUCCUCAUGUUCUUCACAAUUUACUACCAAUGCUUUCCAGUCAAUGUUUAAUCUCUUUUGAUGUUUGGUGGUGCGUGACAACGGUAGUGUCACUAUCAGAAGUAAGCAACAUCUUAUCUGACACGUUUCAACAGCUCAAAGGAUCAGUGUCAAUUGAAUUAGAACUAUCUUUAGAAGAAAACAUGUAUUCUAUUAGAGCUGUAACAGCACCAAGAAGGGAUAAAUAUUUAUGUGUCUAUUCUUAUCUACAUAAUACUGUCCAUGGACGAAGCCGAUGGCCAUAUAAUAGACGUGCCUUCAACAGUCAGUUGUUUCGCUGCAAUAGGAUUACUAUGAGUGACUAUUAUGAUAAAAUCAACGAUGAAUUUCUUUCUUUGUCACCAUCUAUCGUUGCUUGGAAUCAAAUAACAUCGCUUAAUAUUGCUCAACCAUUCAAUUCAAUUCAUCUUUACUUUCUCUUUUCGCAAACAACUAAUCUACGUACUCUAGAACUGCAUUAUAGAUCAGAAUAUGAUGAUAAACGUUAUUUGAAAGAAGAAACUUUAAUCGAUCUACUUGACGAUACUUCUUUGUGCAAUAUGCUCAUGUCAAAUGCCUUACGACAACUCAAUCUUUCUCCUGCUUCAAAACAACCAAACUUGGUAAACAUUGCCUAUUUAAUCGUCGAGCGACUACGUCACUUGCAAGUCAUAGAACUACAGGAUAUUAACUGGCAAGUCACUGAAAUGUCACAUAUACUUAUCAACGGUCUUUCGAAAUUAAAUUUUCUUACUAUUAGUGGUGAAUGUAAUUGUGGUCAACUUUAUGAGAAACAAUUGCGUGAUCAGCAGAAUUCAAAUACUCGUUCUUUUCGAACGGAAGUUCCUAACACGAUAGAUGAAGAUACACUUUUCGUAUGGUUAUAA